AAGCCUCCGACGCCGUUUCGCCGCCGAUCUCAUCCACCGCAUCUUCUCUUCUAUAAAUAGAGAUAAGACUCCGACGCCGUUUCGCCGCCGAUCUCAUCCACCGAGAGCCGGCACACAUAGAAAUAAUGAAGUUCCCGACUACGGCCAAACCCCCCGGCGUCUUCCUCAUGGUUCCGUAUCCCGCCCAGGGCCACGUCACCCCCAUGCUCCAGCUGGCCGCCGCCAUGCUCCGCCUGGGCUUCCGGCCAGUGGUGGUCCUCCCCGACUUCAUCCACCGGAAAAUCGCCCCUAAAAUCGACCCUAACGACGGGAUUUGCUGCGUCUCCCUCCCUGACGGCUUCGACGCCGCCGACCACGCCCCGCCGGAUUUCCUGGCCAUCGAGGCGUGCAUGGAGAGCACCAUGCCGGCUCAUUUCGGGAGGCUGAUCGAGAAGUUUCUGGAGGAGGAGGAGGAGGACGGCCGCGUGAUUGCUUGCGUUGUGGUUGAUUUGCUGGCUUCGUGGGCUAUCGAAGUUGCGAAUCAGUUUCCCGGCGUCAACGUCGCCGGUUUUUGGCCCGCCAUGCUCUCUACUUAUCGCUUGAUCGCCGCCGUUCCCGGCAUGAUCUCCUCCGGCAUCAUCUCCGACAACGGCAGUCCUCUUCUCCAAGGAUUGGUAACCACGGCAGCUGGUCAACCGCUGGUGAAUACCGAAGAAUUGCCAUGGCUGAUCGGAGCUCCCGCCGCCCGAAUUUCAAGAUUCAAGUUCUGGAGCAGGACUCUAGACCGAUCCAGGUCCAUCAGGUGGCUCCUCGUCAAUUCAUUCCCAGAUGAAGAAUCCCACAAUCCCAAGGUUGAAAACCAGAACCGACACAAUAUUCAUCUUGAUCUCGUCGUCUUUCCGGUCGGACCUUUGAGUUUGGUGGGUGCAUCGCCGACCAAGAAGAUGACCCUAUGGGAAGAGGAUGCAAGCUGCCUGGAAUGGCUGGACCAGCAAAGCGUGGGCUCCGUCGUUUACAUCUCAUUCGGAAGCUGGGUUAGCCCCAUUGGAGAAGGAAAGAUCAGGACCCUAGCUUUAGCACUGGAGGCCUCCCGCCGGCCAUUUCUCUGGGUUCUAGGGCUUUCCUGGCGAGAGGGGCUUCCGGCGGGAUACUUGGAGAGAGUGUCGAAGCUAGGGAAAGUAGUGACAUGGGCGCCGCAAAUGGAGAUUCUCCAACAUAAGGCGGUGGGGUGUUACCUUACACACUGCGGCUGGAACUCGACGAUGGAGGCGGUGCAGUGUCGGAAGCCGCUUCUAUGCUGGCCGGUGGCCGGCGACCAGUUCCUGAACUGCGCCUACAUUGUGAAGGAGUGGGGAAUUGGAGUGAGGCUGAGAGGGUUUGGGGAGAGAGAGUUGGAAGAAGGAUUGAGCAGAGUGAUGAUGGACGAUGGGAAGAUGAAGGAGACAAUGAGCAGAAUGAAGGAGAGGGUAAUGGGGAAGGACGCCAUCUCAAGCAUGCGUAUAAAUCUCACAGACUUCAUUGACAACCUCCACAACCUCAGACAAGGAUGAGAAUAUUCUCCACGGGCGUAACACAGAUGGUUCACAAGAUAAAAGAUUGCACCUAAUGAUGUAGGUUCGAGUCAUGACAGUCACAGUGUGUGAGUUUCAUUUUCUUGUGAGAGUAGUUUCUUGUAGGCACUAUGCAUUGUGCCUCCUACUUGAGGACCCCGUGUACGGACCCCGUGUACCAUGAUUAACUCCUUCCACGUGCGUGGGGUAGUGUGUGGGGGGCUUUUAAGGUGAAGGAUUUCACCUUUUACACCCAAGGAUGAGAAUAUUAAAAUUGUGUCCUCAAUUUGAUUGAUGAUCAUAUUAUCUUAGUUUAA